AUGUUCUCGCGGCUGGCCAUCCUGCUGCUGGGGGGGGAGCCAGAACGGGACAUCUUCGCCACCAAGCUGGCCUUUGCAGAGUCUGCCUCGGUGCCCCUGAAGGUCUUCGCGAGCUCGCCGGGCUUCGGUGCGGAGGAGCGGCUGUGGCCGGUGGAGGCUGCGGGGCAGCUGGUGCUGUCCUAUGAGGCCGUAGACACAGUCACUAACUUCUCCACGAUGAUUCCGAAGCUUCUGGAGGCGGAGGUUGGCAAAGUGCUUCUGGUCACCUCCUCGUAUCAUAUGCCGCGCGCGCUGGCGAUUGCUGAUGUCAUGCUUUCGGACAAGAACAUUACCUUUGAGCCGAUGAGUGUGGACUCCACUCAGCCUUUGGAGCGGCAGUGGAAGAUCUGGCGGGACGUCCUGCGCGCCCGGAUUUGGCGUUGCACUGGGUGGGACUUCCGGUGGCUGGAGAAGAUGCUGCUCUUCUGGCGCCGCCCCCACGAUGGGACCUUGGUCUGCUGA